AUGUCUGCCACAAAGUCCUCGCUUGGCCCAGUUCUCCAGUCAAUGGAGACAAGGGAAGAGGGGCAGAUCUUCGAUGUGACGCAGCUUGAUCAGAAUCGGUUUAAUAUUUGGAGCACCAUAGGUAUCCAAUUUUCAGUUAUUGCAGCACCCCUUGCUAUUGUCAGUUACACCACGCUCAUAACCGGGGUUGGAGGUAGCCCUUUCUACUUCUGGGGAUUCCUAGUUGCCGCAAUUGGUCAAACACUUGUGGCUGUUAGCUUGGCUGAACUAGCGAGUGCCUAUCCACAUACUUCUGGGCAAAUAUUUUGGACUGCCACUCUAAGCCCCCGCCAACUUGCGCCUUUUUUGAGCUAUUUCAAUGGUGCAAUGACUACAUUUGGAUGGAUCUUCGCUGCAUCUGGGAAUGCCGUAUUUGCGGCAGAUUUUUUGGCUAGCUUUGGGCAGUUGGUCUCUGACGCAUACGAGCCUACCUCAUGGCAAAUUUUCCUUCUAGCGCUUGCUAGCAUAAUAGUGGCGCUUGUAUUCAACACGCUGCUCAUUAACAGUCUACCAGGCCUCACUAUCUUUAUGGUGGGUUUUUUGAACGUGGCUGCCUUGUUUAUUUGCAUCACCUUACUCGCUGUCGUACAGCCGAAAGCAUCGGUAAAUACAGCAUUUAUUGACGUUGUCAACGAGACCGGCUGGUCCUCUGAUGGGCUGGUUUUCUUUCUUGGCCUUCUCCCUGGCAUGAUGACUGUCUGCCUUUUCGAUACGGCAGCCCACAUGGCGGAAGAGCUCCCCCACCCUCAGCGACAAGUACCAAUUGUGAUGGUUGCUAAUGCCAUCCUUUCUGCAUUGGGUGGUUUGAUAAUGGUCAUUUGCCUAAUAUUCUGCACCACUCAUCCGGAGAAUCUUCUUCAACCAUUGGCAGGCAUGCCAAUCAUUCAAAUUUGCUGGGACGCUUUGCCAUCGACAGCAUUCGUGAUUGUCGUAUGUCUCGUAUACUGCGUCAUGACCCUGAACGGCCUGGUCAGCAUUAUCACAGGUUGCAGCAGGGUAAUUUGGUCUUUCGCUAGAGUUGGCGGUUUGCCGCUGCGAAAUUUGCUAUCUGGAGUCAGCCAUCGUUUCCAGACGCCUUUCAACGCUGUAAUUGCAUCAUGUUUAGCGUGUGCCAUCUUCACUGCCCUUUGUUUUGCACCUCUCACUGUUCUGAGCGGACUGUUUGGUGCAUCGGCG